UGCAGAAGUCACGAGCGCAAGUCAACACCAAAUCUCAAGUAACCUGUAAUCCAAUCGUUAUAAAUAGCCUUCCAGAUUAAAAAACGUGAACUUUUCUACAUUUUAUACUAAAAAUAGUUGUUUGUCUAACCUUUGCUACCAAUAGUUUUCACGAAAAAAUGUUGGUGUUAGUGCUUGGAGAUCUGCACAUUCCUCAUCGUAAAAGCAACUUGCCUGACAAGUUUAAGAAUCUACUGGUCCCUGGGCGAGUACAACACAUCUUGUGCACAGGCAACCUAUGUACAAAAGAAUCAUAUGACUACCUUAAAACUCUAGCCAGUGAUGUGCAUGUUGUCAGAGGAGAUUUUGAUGAGAACAUAACAUAUCCAGAGCAGAAGGUAGUGACUGUUGGCCAGUUCCGUAUUGGUAUUUGUCAUGGUCACCAGGUAGUCCCCUGGGGUGAUAUUGACAGCUUAGCUAUGGUACAGAGGCAGUUGGAUGUUGACAUACUCAUCUCAGGCCACACCCACAAAUUUGAAGCUUUUGAGCAUGAAAAUAAAUUUUACAUCAAUCCUGGUUCUGCAACAGGUGCAUACAAUGCACUGGAAAGUAAUAUUGUACCAGCUUUCGUACUACUGGAUAUUCAAGCCGCAACCGUGGUAACAUACGUUUAUCAACUCAUAGGAGACGAUGUCAAAGUUGAAAGGAUAGAGUACAAGAAAAACUGAAUCUUUUAUUAGUUGUUGAAUACAAACACAAGUAUAAGACCAUAGAUACUUCAAUAUGAAAUCAUGCCAGGCAGAUAGAAUACUCUACAGUAUUUAAAACUUUAAGGGGUGAAAAUGGGAAAUAUUGAUUGUGUAUGCAGGAUCAACAUAAAAUGAGUAAUUUUUUCCCAGCUAAAACAUUCUUUAUUAAGUUUUUUUUUAAUGUAUCAACCAGAAAUAUUUAAACUUUGAUUUAAAGGUGACUUCAUAUUUCUUGCAUAGCUGCUGAUUUUCUCACUAUAGAGUUGACAAGAUACUAUAAUUGUAAACUUAUUUUCAGUCAGAAAUAAUGCUGUAACUUUAAUUUGAAAUGAAUGCUCCCUCCUCCUUUUGUCACUAUAGAGUUGAUUAAAUGCACUCAUAAACUUUACCGUACAUAUAUUUGUAUAUCAAACUUUUCUUUAUUAUUAUUAAUAAUAAAUAAUAAUCAGUUUUUGUAUAGCGCAGUCUCAAAGCGCUUUCUCUGUCAGAUAAAUCAAUUCAGCUUUCGUAAAAGGUGUUUCUUGUGAAUAAGCCUGCUUCCCCUUACAAAGUUUAAGGUAUAUCUUUAAAAUGUUUAAAACCACUUUAGUACAAUAUACUAAAAACUGUCCGCAUGUAUCUCAUCCACAAGGUGCUCUGUGUUGAAUUUCCAUGAAUGGAAUAUUCAAAUAAAUAAUUAUCCUUUUGUGGGUAUUUAUGUAUAUAUUAUUAUUAGCACGUGGUCAAAGUGGCCGAUGUAAUUUUGUAGUUUUAAUCAAUAUUUACUAGUAAUGUUCUUUUGUUCGUUAUAAUUUUAAAGUCUUCAAAAAGAAUCUCUAAUGCUUCGUUUUUUUAAAUUGUAAAUCAUUGCUCUUUUUUUUCUUUUUUUUUUUUUAAAUUUCUAUCCUUUUAAGUUUAAAUUCAUAACUGCCUUAUAGUUGAAAGGCUAUGGAGUAACACAUCCAACUUUUCCUUGCAUGUUUCUUAUUUUAAUUUGAUGCCUGGUUUAUAUUUUAUUAUUUUUUUGAAGUUUAUUUUCUUGACUGUUCAUGAUGCCAGAUGAAUAAAAUAAUACAUAAUUUAUCAAAGCUGUAUGUAUACUAAUUUUGAUAGGCAUGUUUUGUGUAAAAAUAACUUAUCUGAUAUUUCCUCUAAUACAAAGAAAUGCCAAUAUUAUAUAGAUUGUGACAAUUUACUAUAUUAACAUUUUUAAAGAUAAAGUUAGAUUUUUGAUCAGUCUUCACACUUUUUUAAUCAAUUGUUUCUCAGAGUUUAUAAUUUCUUCUCUGAUAAUUGAACCCCAAAAAACUAAAGCAUUCCAGAAUUAUUCUUGUACCUUAAUAAUCAGUCAAAUCAUGUUUUAUUUUAAAUUAUAUUGUAAUUAAUUUUAUAUUAUUUUUAUGUUGAAAUGUGGUAAUUGUGUGAUAAAAUAAUAAUAGAAAAAAUACACAUUUCACUACAAAAAUGACAACAUAUUUAGUGGAAGUAUAUACUCUAAAAUUGUGUUUAGAUAACCAAACACUUCAAUUAAUAACGGCAGUACUCAAGAAUUAGUUAUGCCCUGGAUUUCCCAAGCAGGCAUGCAUUGUAGAAUACGGACGUUGAUGACAUAGGCUUAUAAAAUAUGCUCCACCAUCAGUUAUUGUUACCCGAGAUUGUCAUUCUAUUUCUCUUAUAUUUUCUCCCCAAUUCAGGGUUUUAGAGAGAUUUUUGUAUAACCUGGUAUUAUCUUGAAUUAGAAUAUGUGAAUAAAUGUAUAUUCCAAAACUACAAUGUGUUGUAUGACUGGAAAUAAAAUACACAAUAAUCCAA